AUGCUAAUAACUGUGAUAUUGACACUGCUUAUACUUAUCUACUGUUAUAACAAGGGUUACAUGCUCAGUGAAGAUGAUCUGUAUUCCGAUGAUGAUGAAGACGAAAAUGGAAACAAUACACCGAAAGUAAUACCGAGCGAAGUUUACAAAGUCGAUCAUCCGAAGGAUCCACCAGCCUCUCGAACAGUAACCCCUAUUCAGCCCAUAUCCGUCGAGGUAACAGAUAAACAAACAAAUACGGAAACAACAAUAGCCACUACGAAACCAAAAGAUUUUGAUCGACUUGUAUGGGCACAUCCUCGUCAAGGAGCAUCUGCACUUUUAUUAAAACCAAGAGUACCUCCAAUGACACAAACCCGAUGGGUACAAGUAUAUCCUCAUGAUUUUGAAUCAAAACCAAUUAUUUGUCAAGUCAUCGAGAAGCCAAUUGCUGCACAACCCAAGCCCUUACCAAAUAUCAUUCAAAUUGUUAAACAACCACCACGACAGGCAGGAGAACUUGUUGAAAUAAUUGAAAAACCUCAAUUUGUUCGAGUGAUUCAAAUGCCAAAAGAAAACAUGCGUCGUCGUCGAAGUUCAUUGCAAAUGAUAAGCGAAUAUCACGUAAAGUCACCCGACGCACAUGUGAAACGAAUAAAAACCAUGAAUCAAUCAACAAAAUCAGCCAGAGAACAAGUUAUCCAUGUGAUAUCAGCACCAAUUUAUAAAAAAAAACCAAUGCAUAAUGAAUAUAUUGAAAGUGCUAGUUCACCAGAACCAGAAUAUGAAAUUGUUGAAGAAAUUCAACGACCAAACCAAAUUAAAUUUAUUAAACAAACAGAAACAACACAUAACGAAUAUCAAAUUGUUGAAGAAAUCGUUACACCAAAACGACAUUCCCAAAAAUCAUCACAAAAAGUUGAUAGAAUACCGCCCUUAAGACUUGCCAGUGUAAAUAGUAGUGAACCUUCAAAUGGAAUAGAUGUUGCCGAAGAAAUUGACUAG